AUGGAUGCCCAGAAGCAGCAGGUAGCGACUCCGCCUCCACACCAUCCGAUUGAUGCUGCUCAAGCCAUGUUGAACCUAGUGUUGUUGCAAACCGGUCGAUUCUUUGCUGAUCCUGCGUUGCGUGAUUCAAAACGUGCACAGAGUGGCUUGAAGAAAGUCAUUCCAGCUGCAUUGUCUAGCUACCAUAAUCAUCUGGAUGAGCUUUCAACUAAAAUUAAGUUUGCGCAACGGGUGAUACGUAGAGACCUAGCUGUCAAGCAAAAGGAACGAGAGAAGAGAGAGGCAGAGGCUGCAGAGAAGCAAAAGACUGCGCCAGCCCCUGCCGUUGCAUCUCCGCAGAAGCCUGAUCUGACCGAAACUCUUGACGAAGAGAAGAAGUCGACAGCUACGCAGGACGUGGACAUGGAAGAUGUGGGAGAUGCACCCAAUGACGACGCGAAGCCUUCAAUUAUGCCCGAGGAGGAGAAGAAUGCAACAUCCAUUUCUGACACAAGGGUCCCACAGCCUGUAAAGCCGCCACCAAUUCAGACACAAACGAACGAGCAGAGCAAGAAAUCUGACCCUGAGAUUGAGCAUGAGGCUACUAACAACCCUCUCACAGCUACUGAUGAUCUCUUUGGUAAGACCCCUACGACUGCUGGGAUCGGCAACGUCGACAUCGACAAGAUGUUCGAGGAUCUGAGCAACGAUCAAGACAUGGAUACCAACGAUAAUGACAACGACCUUGGCUUUGCCAUAGGCGAUAACGCGUCCAAUUCUCUUCUCGCGGGCCUUGAGGACUAUGCAAACAGCGGAGGAGACAUGAACCUAGACUCCAGUAACGGUAUAGACGAUUUCACCAUAACAGACUUGCAAGUAGAGGUCUCCAAUCCCAACCCAACUACGUCGGCUCCUGCCACUACGACAUUGCAAACAACCUCAGCCGCCGCACAGCAAGCUGCUACAACGACGACAGAUGCUAUAAACACGAACGACCAGAAUGACUUCAAUGAUCUGUUCAGCUUUGACCAAGACGACAGUGAAGACUGGAUGAAUGGUCCGACCGGUGGUGACGGAACUGCAUUCGACGACGCGUUCCUCGAUCCUGGCGAAUGA